CCACGGUUCGUUUCAUCAUUGAUCGUAUUGACAAUAUUCCAUACACACGCUCUUCACCGAUAGCUCUGCACUGCCUGCAGAAGUAGGACAUCGUCAGGAUGGAUGCUGAUCCAUGGGCAGACGCUCCUGCGACUCCAAAGAUGGACGGAAGGACGCCUGUACCAUCUCCCCAAAAACAAACCGACUCAACCUCAGCGACGCAUUCCACUCCAGGACCGUCGUCGCCCAUCGCGGAGUCAGAGGACGUCGACUCAACUCACGUCGACCCAGACGAGCCAGCGACACAGAUGGUCGACUCUCCCAUCGAGGAUAUUCCUGCCGCACCUAUCGUGGCAGCAGGACAGCCUGCCGAAGAGGACGCCGAUUUUGACGACUUUGUUGAUUUUGACGAACCUGCCGCUGGACCUAGCUCAUUCGGAGCCAGUGCAAUGACGGACGGGGAUGAUGGCUUCGGCGACUUUGGAGAUUUCGAGGGAGGGGAUGAGUCUGUCGAGACAUUUGGGGAUCAAAGCGGUACUGUCGGCGUACAGCCAAUGCAAGAACCGAGAGAUUGGGCUGCUCUCCAUCUCGACCCAUUCCCUUCCCGCUCGGCACUUCGCGAUCAGAUCGCAUCAUUACUAUCGCCAUUAAUGGCGGAAUCAAGCGGAAGCUCAUCCAGACUGACCGAUGAACCUCCUAGAGAGGUCGCUGGUCUAGGUCAGAUCAUGGUCUCAGAGUCCAGCCGUGAGGCCUAUGCUCAGCUUACCACGGCUCCAAUUUUGAGAUCACUGGAUUGGACACGAUCUCGGGUCAGGAGAGAACAUUUGAUAUCUAUGGGCGUCCCUGUCAACCUCGACGAAGUAGAUUCACAUCGUCUCUCAUCACUUCCUCCACUCCGCAUUAGCACGACAUUACCUUCCUCAUCAUCCUCCAGAGCUAACCAUCCGUCCUCCUCCUCAAGAAGUGGAAAAGGUGAAAUGUUACCGCCUGCCGUUCCCAGGCCAGCGUCAGUCGAUGGUCGUCGUUCGACUCGAAGUCCAGCUGGCGAAUCGUAUUCAAAUCAGCGCAGCAGUACGGGCGACAGAGGGAACGGUAUCAGUCCAAAUCAUACUGGUCCGAAAAAUGCUUCGCAGCGGAACAGAAGAGACCAAAAUGGGAUGGGACCGAAACCUGUGCUGGAUACAUCCCAAGCCGAAGAGCUAUGCGGUCUUGACGAAGACGCGCUAUCGCUGUACAGCCUAGAACGCCUACGUACAAUACAGAAUGAGCUCGUCGAAACGUCAGCUCAGGCAUCGGCGCUCCUCGCGUGGUAUUUACAGCUCAAGGAUGCUCAAACUCAAGAUGCAGAGACUUACAAUGGGAUGAUCUCAGAACUCAUCGCCAAUGCUGCAAAGGCAAAACAAGCUCAGACAUCAGGAUCUGGCGGUGUAUUCAGACGCUCAUCAUUGAAAACUCGACCCCAAAGCUCGAGUGGAUCCGCCACCCCUGGACGCAUAGGUAGUCCUGCCAUACGAUAGGCCGAUGUGCAUGCAGGUGUCGGCUGGGCCAACGAAUGUUUCACGUCAGUGUUCUUGAUCACUGACGAUGGUAGAUGUCUUCCGUGUGGAUCUUGCAUCCCUUCAGGCUCGGUCAGUCCGGACCCAAAGCUCAGGCCUCCUUCGGCGGGACACUUGAACUCUGAUCAUGUCUAUGGAAUCUGACCACGUCUCAGCAGAGUCUUUCAAAUAGUUUCUUCUGCUUCGGACAGCGAUCAUGCGAUCACCCUGCGCUUCACGGCCGUCCAUCCGUUUUGGAAACUCGGACUCCUGCCAAGAGACAAGCUUGCAUAAAGGACGGUCGCGGGGCCGUGUGAUCGGGGAUACGCUCGAAGGGACUGACUAGCUGAGACUGACCGAAUC